AUGGAGAACCAACCGCAGGACGUCGACCAGUCCAAGUACAUUGACAAUGCUAUUCGCGCCGUCCGUGAGAAGAAGCCGCUCCCCGAGAUUGACUUCACCCUGCAUACUAUGGAGGAUGGAAACCAAGUGAGCACCCAGGAACGUGUGUGCAAAGACGUACAAGCACCCGCCUUCCACCCGCCCACCGACGAGCAAUUCUUCUCCCCUCAAGAUCGCACAAAGCCCAACAUCCAAUUUCUGAAGCAGCACUUCUACCGCGAAGGUCGCUUGACCGAACAGCAGGCGCUAUGGAUCAUAAAGAAGGGCACAGAGAUCCUCAAGUCGGAACCCAACAUGCUGGAGAUGGACGCACCCAUUACCGUGUGCGGUGAUGUUCACGGGCAAUACUACGAUCUCAUGAAGCUGUUCGAAGUCGGUGGCGACCCAGCAGAGACGCGCUACCUCUUCCUGGGAGACUACGUCGAUCGCGGCUAUUUCAGUAUAGAGUGUGUUUUGUACCUCUGGUCGCUCAAGAUCUGGUACCCCAACACCCUCUGGCUUCUCCGAGGAAACCACGAGUGCCGCCAUUUGACCGACUACUUCACAUUCAAGCUCGAAUGUAAGCACAAGUACUCCGAGGCUGUGUACGAAGCCUGCAUGGACUCGUUCUGCGCACUUCCCCUAGCGGCUGUUAUGAACAAGCAGUUCUUGUGUAUACACGGUGGAUUGAGCCCCGAGCUUCACACUCUAGACGACCUGAAGAGCAUUGAUCGUUUCCGCGAGCCACCCACCCACGGCCUCAUGUGCGAUAUCCUCUGGGCUGAUCCCCUCGAGGAAUUCGGUCAGGAGAAGACCAACGACUUCUUCGUCCACAACCACGUCCGCGGAUGCUCAUACUUCUUUUCGUACCCCGCUGCGUGCGCUUUCCUCGAGAAGAACAACCUUCUGUCAAUCAUCCGCGCACACGAGGCGCAAGAUGCUGGAUACCGAAUGUACAGGAAAACACGGACGACUGGUUUCCCCAGUGUCAUGACAAUCUUCAGCGCGCCGAACUACCUCGACGUAUACAACAACAAGGCUGCGGUUCUGAAGUACGAGAACAACGUCAUGAACAUCCGACAGUUCAACUGCACACCGCAUCCAUACUGGCUACCUAACUUCAUGGACGUCUUCACAUGGUCAUUGCCAUUUGUCGGCGAAAAGAUUACUGACAUGCUCAUUGCGAUCCUAAACACCUGUUCGAAGGAGGAGCUCGAAGAGGAGACGCCCAGCUCUCUGGCUUCCGGUCCAUCAUCGCCACCCCUCUCCAGUCUCGACCCAGAUUCGACCGAGUUCAAGCGACGUGCGAUCAAAAACAAGAUUCUGGCGAUUGGUCGCCUCUCUCGUGUGUUCCAAGUGCUGCGCGAGGAGUCUGAGCGUGUCACUGAGCUCAAGACUGCAUCGGGUGGUCGACUUCCCGCGGGUACGCUCAUGCUCGGUGCGGAGGGAAUCAAGCAGGCGAUCCACAGCUUCGAGGACGCACGCAAGGUUGAUUUGCAGAACGAGAGGCUCCCGCCGAGCCACGAAGAGGUGCGAAAGUCUCAGGAGGUUAGCCGAGAGCAGGCUCUCGAGAAGGCCACCAAAGAAGCCGACAACGACCAAGGUCUCGCGACUGUCGCAAGACGCAUCAGCAUGUAA